AUGUGGGGUCAUGGUGGGAAGCGGGUUGUAAUUGUUGGGCUUAUUUAUUUUUGGGCCCUUGAGCAAGCCGUUGGCAACGAUCCGCAGAGUCUGGACUCUUUUGUGAUCCCGUUCACUGAUCCCAGGGAUUGCUCGCUGAGGAAGUGCUUCGAUGCAACCAGCGGAGUUUGCAAAUCACCUGGCACUUGCUCAAAUGAAUUGAGAAACGAAACCCUCGGAAAAUGGUCAGACUGUUCCUUACUCUGUCCUUCGACUGAUAAAAACUGCAGGACAAUUGUUGACAACAACCAUGAAACCGAAAUCGAGGAUUCCCACUAUGUCCUCACCGAGUUAUCACAAACAACUCGAUCACACUGUUCGCUGCGUGAUGAUAAGUCCGAUUCUCGUGUCAGUAAUGACAGUUGUCUUCCAUCAGCCACUGGGAUUCGAAACUAUUGUCUUCACAGAAAUACCUCCAGCAACUGGCAGGACCUCAGGAGCAAUUACCUAAUCGAUUUUAGUAAUCGUAGUAUUGAUAGUUAUUACUUGAGGAGGGAAUUGCGGUUUGUUGUGGCCUGGUGUGGGGAGGGGGAUGCUGGGGCCUGCGAGCAUCUCUCGAAUAUUUGUGUUCUCACGUUGAAAGCAGAGAGUUUCCCCUGCCAACUGUUUUUGGGAGAGACUCCUCCUAGGAGAUUGUUCUGGGCUGUUGGGAAUGCUAAAGGCAUUUUGGAACGCAGGGGAAUUCCUAAUAAAUUCAAAUUGUCGAAUAAAGAUUCUCAAAACAACAGACUCAAUUUUAUUUUCGCCAAAUACUCGCUGAGAGGUGCCUUCAGAUCCUAUUCCGACUGGAUAUCCCCCUGUUCAUUCUUCAAAAACGUAAGAUUCGGGAUAAACGGGGACAAAAUCUGCUGGACCUCAGCCAAGGAAUUGAUAGACCUCAGAACCACAUUCUACGUGCCUUAUCUCUCCUUCAUUUCCAAUGAUAAUAAGAAUAAAUAUCUGUACCCAUUGCCAGUAUUAGUGAAGAACGAGACUCUGGACAUGAAGGACACCUCCAAGUGGGUUCUGACGAGCAAAUUUUUCAUGGUAGACAAAGUCACCGGGGCCGGGGUGUCCGUGGCCGCGGAUAAUUUUUCCACAGUUCCAGAGAUCGAGAUCCUCCGUUACGUCAAGUCAUUGACUAUUCAAGUUCGAGCGCAGGAGAGGAAGGAGAGGGGAAAAAUAUUUCCCCCUUUGAUUAUUCUCGAAUACGGAGAAUUGACGCAGGAUGAUGUAGAGAAAAAUGUGGAGAUUCCUAUCGAGUAUAGGAUUGUCUUCAAGUUGACUGAGAAGACGACCAAUUUGUGGAUUAAGGUCGGAAUGGGCGUGGCUUCAGGCCUCUCCCUGAUCUACGCGAUAUUCUGCACGUUCAGCCACUACCGCAGGAACAACAACAGCGUUCCGAUCCUGAAAUCCCUGGGUUGGUUCUUAAUCUACUACUGCGGAGCCUUCGGAACGGACCUGUUGAUAAUCUCCACAUCCGUCUGCCUGUCCGCCUUCAUCUUCUACAAGGGACAAACAGUCCUGCACAUCCUUCUCCCAACCGAGAACACCGAAAAACUGAUAAAGAUCUGCGCAAUAGCCGCAUUCAGCUCGAAAACAAUCGAAAUAAUCGCAUUGGUAUUCCAAUUACGAAGCACCAACGUCUUCUUCAUCGACUGGGAGACCCCCCGGUGCAUAAAUUCCCCAGCGAGCUACGACUCCCCUCACACGUCCCUGAAGAAAUCCUACAACCAGAGAUUCCGGAAGGACUCGGGGAACUCGCAGCGGCCGCCUUCUGAGGCAAUUGCGUCUCGCAGGAACAAAACCCCAUCGAAAUCGAGUCAGGCUAGCACCCCGAGCCGACACUCAACAGGUCGAGACCUCGAGGCACUGGAUCAAUUUUCACCGAAUUACAUCGACGCCAAUUUCUCUCUCGAUGAACAUGACAUCAAACAAAACUCAACAGUCAGCAUGUGGAGGACUUAUGUUAUUGCCAAUGAGUGGAUCAAGAUGAAGACUAAACGAAAAAUUAAUUUGUCGCUUCAUGUUUUUGGGACUUUAUUCUUUCUUGAGGUCCUUGGAUUGAAGAAUUGGGCCCUAGCAAUUCCCUCCCUAAAGCCCCCCCACGAGCAAAUGGACUUCGUAAAAGAGAGUUUCACUCUUAAAAUCGCAGUUGGAGCUUUAACAUACCUCCUUCUGUACUCUCUACAACUAUUGACGUCAGUAUUAUACACGAGAUACUACAAAAACCGUCUCCACGGUUUUGUGGAUUUGUGCUCAGUGGCCAACAUCAGUAUUUUCAUUCUCACUCACGAGUACUACGGGUACUACAUUCACGGAAGAUCGGUCCAUGGAUUUGCCGACACGGAUUUGCUCACUGUCAUCAAGGAUUUGAAACGAGAGGAGGAUAAUCUGUGCGCCCACAGGGGCCUCAUCCCUGGGACAACCGACCAGACGUUCGUCCUGUGUGUGUCCAAGACAUUUAAAUCAUUUUACGAUUCUGUCGCCAUGAGGGAUCCGAAUGAGAGAAAAUUCUCACGAAAACACGCAGUGGGUCUGCCCAAUUGGGAGGAGCGUUGGAAGACCCAUUUGACGAUUAAAAAAUUCCUCGCAGGAUUUUUGGAUCACUGUUUCAAGAAUGUCGAGUACACGAUCAAGGAGAGACACUUAAUGGAGAAACUCCUCGAUACUGAGUUCAUGGACAGCAGCAGGGACAAAUCCAUUUUUUAUAUCGAUAAGAAAUAUUCGUUCGAUCAGGCUAUUUUUUAUGGAAACGAAUGGGCUUUGGCGACAUUCGAAGCGUCAGUAUUUGUAUUGAUUCUUGCAUUCGGUGGUAGUUAUGUAUUUUCAGCAGUUACGACUAUUUUUCUAUCCUCAGUUAUUGAAUUGGCGGUUAAAUUUGAUAUGAAGAAGAAUCUGGCGAGUAAAACGUUGAUUGAUGAACGAUUUCUCUUGUCGUAGGGUGAAUAAUAAAGUGUCAGGUGUUUACACGAUAUGGAGUUAUGUAAAUUCAUUAUUUAAUCUCGUUGGAAUUUAAUGGAAACAGGUCGUGGCAGCCCCACUCGAUAAUCAAAAAAAUUCUCUUAGGAAUUCUUUUGGAUCAUUUUUUUAAGAAUGUGAAAUGAAUGGGAAUUUUG